GUUACCCGUAUUGCAUUUCCCCAGUGUACAGUUAAAAAAUUUCCUCUUCGUUUGGGUUGCGCGACAUCCGUAGAGUUUCAACUUGUCAUCCUGAACAAGCUGUAAUUUCGUUACGCUGUUUGCGGAAACUCUAGCACAGUUAACUGCUUUUACUAUUAAUAAAAACGGGAUAGCGUAUACUAGUCACGGCAUUUGAAAUACGCUGAUCCGGGCUGAGAAACUCCAUGGCGUCCACCCAAGUAAAUGGUCUUCAGAACAAGCAGCGAAAUCGCGCUGUCGUUAUCGUUGGGGCCCAGUGGGGCGACGAAGGAAAGGGAAAGAUCGUGGACCUUCUCGCUGUCAAAGCCGACGCUGUAUGCCGUUGUGCGGGCGGCAACAAUGCCGGUCAUACGGUUGUGGCGGGGACAACGGAAUACGAUUUCCAUUUGCUGCCUUCGGGAAUUAUUAACCCGAAAUGCACUUCAAUAAUAGGAAAUGGUGUGGUAGUGCAUUUGCCCGGUUUAUUCGAGGAAAUCUCUAAAAACGAAGCUAAAGGGUUGAACGGAAUUCGCGAUCGUUUAUACGUUUCCGAUCGAGCCCAUAUCGUUUUCGAUCUGCACCAGUCGGUGGAUGGUUUACAGGAGAGCGAGAAAGGAUUGAAAAAGCAACAGUUGGGUACGACGAAAAAAGGCAUCGGUCCGACCUACGCAUCCAAAGCCAGCCGUCAUGGGAUUCGCAUUUCCGAUCUAAUCGGUGACUUUGAUCGUUUCAGCGAAAAAUUUCAAAAUGUUGUACGCCUGCAUAAACAAGCCUUCCCGUCCUUGGAGGUGGAUGUGGACGCCGAGAUCGCCCGUUAUCGGCACUUUGCCGAAGAGAUACGUCCCUUGGUGAAAGACACGGUGUUUGUUAUGAACCAGCUGAUCACCAAUCCCCAGUCCAAGUUUAUCAUCGUCGAAGGCGCCAAUGCGGCCAUGCUGGACAUUGAUUUCGGUACGUAUCCGUACGUGACAUCCUCGAACUGCACCGUGGGUGGGGUUCUGACGGGUCUGGGCAUUCCCGCCAACGCCCUGGGUGACGUAUAUGGCGUGGUGAAAGCGUACACUACCCGCGUCGGUGACGGGCCCUUCCCCACAGAAUUAAAAGAAGAACUGGGCUCCAUGAUACAGCAGCGGGGUGCGGAGUUUGGGGUUACCACGAAACGACCGCGCCGUUGUGGCUGGCUGGAUUUAGUGGUGGUGAAAUACACGCACAUGCUGAACGGGUAUGCAGCACUGGCGCUGACGAAACUGGAUAUUUUGGAUGUGUUGGAUGAGCUGUUUGUGGGGGUGACGUAUAAGUAUAACGGCAAGCCGCUGGAUUCCUUUCCGGCGGAAUUGGAUUUGUUGGAGAAGGUGGAGGUGGAAUAUGUGAAGAUGAAGGGCUGGAAAAAGGAUAUUAGUGGGGCGCGAAAGUUUGAGGAGUUGCCACCAGAAGCUCAAGAGUAUAUAUCCCUGGUGGAAAAGGUCGUGGGUGUCCCGGUGCGAUGGAUAGGGGUGGGCAAGCAUCGCGAUGCUAUUAUCUUCCGGGAAUAGUUUCGCUGGUAUACUUGUUUAGUAAUCUAAUGUUGGAUUAUUUUUAAUUUAUUUUAUUUGCUGCACUUAUCGCUUUGCUACAUUUGAAUGUGACUGGACCAACGAAAGUUACCUUGUUUCCCCUACGGUGAAAAUUGUGGGUCUGGGUAGUUCUCAAUUACUUACGCUACGCAUUACGGUGUCUUUUAAAAUGCUGCUGCCAGAUUUUUUUAAAUGGCGUUCAAUGCUUUACCUUGCGCUGUUGAAUGUUCUGACGUGUUUUUGUUACUGAAAUUAUUUACAGGAACUCGCCAGCUUUUAAACUUUGUUUGUAUUCUGUACGUAAAAAAGAACAAUUCAUUCAGAUACUUGAGGAUCGGGUUGUACUGA